GUGUUUGUAAACAUUUUUUGACAAAAAUAUUUUUAUUUAAAACAAGAACAUUUUUUUUAGAAUUUUUAAAAUAAUUAUUAAAAAUGGCUACAGAUUUUCGCCGGGACUGGGUCAAAAACAGCGUUACGAAAUAUUUUGGCCUGGAUUCUGGCGAAUAUUUCGAGAAAAUGAUGGCCCAAAACGAUGAUCUGGAAUACCAACUGUCAUCGUUUUUGGAUGACGAUUUCCUCAAGAAGGAUGAAACCCACAGGAGGCUCUUCUACAUCUACAAGACCUCCUACGAGAAGCUAGUAGAUGAGGAAAUCAUGGUGCCUGAAAUCGUCAAAAAAGAGCCAAUACCAGAAGAAGACCUACAUGUGCCAUCUAAAGGAAAAAAAGCCAAAGGAAAGAAGGGAAAAAAAGGCGGUAAAAAAACUAAAAAAGGAAGCAAAAAAUCGACUCCUAGAUCUACCCCAUCUGCUGAAGGUGAUUUAGGAACAGACAAAGAAGACAUUGAAGAAGCAAAAACCGAAACUCCCCAAGAAGGCGAACCAAUAAGUUCGGAAGCAACAGAAACUAAAGAAUCGGAGGAACACAAAGAAGAACAUGAAGAUUUAUCAUCACCAGCACAAGGAACAAUUUCUGAAGUAACUGACACAAUCGGUCAAUCAACCGAUAUAGAAACGGAAGGAGAGCAAGAAGGAACAGAAGGAGAACCAAAAAAGAAAACUAAAAAGAAAAAGAAACCUACCAGCGAAUCUGAAACCAGUACUGAAGGUACAGCAAGUCCAAGAAGUGGGAAAAAGAAAAAAAAGAAAGGCAAAAAAGGAAAAGGUCAGAAGAAAAAACAAAAACUCGAACAAGAAGUUCCGACAGAGGAGGAGGAAGAACCGGAAAUCAUUUACGUACCUAAAAUUAUACAAAAACUAGUCGUGGAUCACAUUUUACACGGAAAUUUUGGAACUCUUGAUGAGGCAAUCCUUAAUACUGAUAACAAACGCUUCGUUUAUCUCUUUCGGAAAAUGGAAGAAGGCAUUUCAAUUUCAAAUUUUGACACCUACGAAGAAGCAGAAACCGAAAUGCCUGCUUAUUUUUUGAUUGGUUCAUGCAAUGGCAAUUUCUUGAACUCGUUGAGACAUCUCAUAAAAGAGCAGUUUAAACCGUUGUUGAAGGAACAUUUUUGCGAACCCACGGUUAAAAAAACAUCUUCGCCUAAAGCAACUUCCGCACAUGAUGUUUCCCUUAAAACUGAAAACAACGCAUACAGAACACCAUCAGAUUAUCGAAAAAUGUCUAUAACUCAAUCGAAAACAAAGUCAGUUCAGGAAAAGACAGGAGUGAGUGAGGCCUCAGAAGUUCAUGAUACAGAACAAGAGCAAGAAAAAAAUAUAACACUUUCUGAAACACCAAUUCGAGAUGAUUUAAUGACAGAAGUACUAGCACUGGAAAAAUCACUCAAUUGGACCAUAGAACAUGUAGAUGAUGAAAUUGAUCUUCCCUUGACGGUCUUCCCAGAUGAAUUACAAUCUGAUAUCCCCUAUGAAGAGUUAAUUAAAGAUAAAACUUUGAUUGAAAGAUUACAAGAUAUUGUAAUGGCAUGGGAACGGCAUAUUCUAAAAGUUCUUGAAAUAUAUCUAGCAAAAACUCCCGAAGGGCAAGGACCAAUACCUGAAUACGAAUAUUGGAGGGAAAGAGAGGCUGCUUUGAGUUCGAUUGUUGAGCAGUUGAAAAAACCUAUGGUUGUAAAAGUGAAUACGUUGUUAGAAAAGGCAAAAUCGCCAAUUAUUGAUGCUUUCAUGAACUAUUUAGUUGAUUUGAAAAAAUAUCACGUUCAAGCACGAGAUAAUGUCAAAUUUUUGUCCACAAUUUUGAGACAUUUCAAGACUGUAACAUCAUGUGAGGAUUUUGCUAGGGUCAGAGAAUGUAUUCCUGUCCUUAUUGAAGGACUCCAUCUCAUUUGGGUCUUGUCGAGGUAUUACUGUACUGACGAAACAAUGAUACCACUAAUGGAAAGAAUUGUGUUUUGUCUUGUUGAAAAAGUUAGAGCAAACUUGGAUACUCAAUUUUUGUUUAGAAAUUCAAUCGAGCACAUUAAAAAACUAACUCAAACGGCGAGAGAAAUGCUUGAAAUUUGGAAAACUUCCUAUAUGGAAACUCGCCAAAAAAUUGAAGACUCGGGUAAAGGACAGCGAUGGGAGUUUGACAAAAAGAAAUUAUUCGCUGAAUCUGAUUAUAUGGCAACUGUAUGUAAAGAUUUAUUCGACGUCGCGACAGUUAUCGAAGAAUUUAACAACAUUUUUGGUCCGGAAUUACGUGCCAUGGUUGUGGAUCCCCAAAAAAUCGAUAACGUUGCCAAACGAGUUGAAAGGCUAGUCAUACAAAUCGAAUCUGCCGACUUUGACAUAUUUAGCGAAAAUCACAAAGAAAACUGGGAGGCCAUAAUGGCCUUCUUUUACAAGGAAGUCCGAAAAUUGGAACAGGAAGGGGUCAAAUUCAUUGACCAAAGCUUCAAGACAUUGAGAUCGUCCGAAAGUGCGUUAGAAAUGCUCACAAAGUUAAAAACUGUUCGAACAAGACAAAUUAUUCUCGACCGGUUGUUAACAAAGUUUGAUGUAAUUUUGGAUCAAUUUAAUAAAGAACUUUUGGUCAUCGAUGAUGCAUUUACGAGAAAUAAACGUCACCCUCCGCUCUGUAAGGAUCAUCCGCCCCAUGGUGGUGCAAUAUACUGGGUGCAAUUGCUAAUCAAUUUACUCAAAAUACCUGUUUUGAAAUUUCAAAAAGUGCCAGAGCUUCAACAGUCGGCUCAGAAAGAAGAAAUUUUCAAAAAUUAUCUUCAGUUGGUUAAAACUUUGAAAUCAUAUCAAAAUUUCAAAUACGAACUUUGGUUAGAACACUCGACUCCUGUUAUGGAGCAAGCAAUGCAAAUGGAGAUUCUCAAAUUUGUUAAUUGUGCAGUUUCUACAAAAACCACGGACCACGGGCGUAGAUCGGUAGCAAAAAGUGUGACAACCCUCCAUUCGCAAUCCACCGCUACGAGUAAAGGAAGUUUGCAACAAGUGCGUUCUCAACCAAAAAUUCUCAAAAUAUCAACCGCUGGUCACGUUGUUAAAUGGGUGUCAGGUAAGAAAAUGGCUAGUCAGGUUAUGGACAAAAUUCGGUCGCAAAGAAGUCUCACGUGGCACGAAGUAAUGGGCGACAUGAUAGUCCUAGAGCAAAAUAUCGAAUUUGCUCUUAAUUUCAACGACGACCUAUUCAGUUGUAUACGGGGGGCAGAGCUAUUAGAUUCGUUAAAGUACGAGUUGCCUGAUAAAAUUAAAAUGAUUGCGUCAAGAAAAGAGCGGUUACAAAAGGACGUUGCGGCAGUUAAAGACAUGUUGGAGCAAUAUAACUCAAUAAUGAAGAAACUCAGCCCUCCUCAGAUGAAUAUGCUCCGAAAUGAGAUUAAGCACGUCGAGCUAUUCAUUCAGCAGGGGUUGUCUAGGAUCAAUUGGACUUCAUUGGGAAUAGUAGAGUACGCAAAAACUUGUCUUAGCAAAAUCCACUACUUGCAAAACUUACACAACCAAGUGGUUCAUAUAGAAGAUGAACUAAAGUCAAAAAUCAAACUAUUGUCUUCUUUUAAUCUCUUCGAUUAUAAGACAGUUGACGAAGAUCCGGAAAGGUUACCAUGUAAAGAAUUCUUCAACGAAAUGAUAGAUUUGCGAAUUAAACGAGUUUGCCAAAUGAUGAAAAUCUACGAAAGCCUUGGCCCCAUUUUGAUCAAAAUUGAAACCCUAGCUUUGGGUAGCAACACCGGACGCUCCCCCUACAUGACAACUAGUUACUCAUUUUGGGAGACAGAAAUUUACAAAGCUUUUAUCGGCUUCACUCUUCGCAAUUUCGAAACGUUCAUGAGUAAAAUGCAAUUGAAGAAGCCGAUUUUUCAAGUCGAUGCUGUGGUGGUGACACCGGAACUUUUUCUAAGACCAACAUCGGCCGAAAUUUACAACAUUAUGGUGAAGAAUGUGAAAGAUUUUCUCGACAAACUGAAGCGAUUUCCGCGGUGGAUGAACGGAAUGUGUCUCUUGUGCCCACCACAAAAACUUCCCAACGGCGAGGAAUAUGUUUAUUCUUUCUACGAUGAUGUGUUGAAAGUUCCGGACAUUAGCGAUGUGCUUCAAAAGCUCCAAGAUAUCGCCCAAAAAUCAAUUCUGGAAGUACACAAGCAUUUACAGAAGUGGCGGCGUUACCGGAAUAUCUGGUGCUACGAUAAAGAAAUCACCUGUGAGCGUUUUAUUGAAAAAAAUAACCAACUCUCAAAGUACGACGAUAAGUUUAUGUUUUAUGCCGACAUCUUGAAAGAUAUGAAAAAUCACGAGAAUUAUAUUGACAUCAUGUGCAUUAGAUUAAAUCUGCGACCUCUUUUAGACACUAUAGCCGAUCAUACGGUUGAAUGGAAAAACACUCUAGGUCGGAUCCUUGACACAAAAACCAAAGAAAAAAUGGACGAAAUGAAGAGUACAAUGAAUGAAUUGCGCACUUUGGUCAACCAGAACAUCAAAGGUUUGGAAAAAUUUAAAUCAGUAAUGCAAGCGAUCUCGACAAUUUUGAAAAGUAACGUCGACAUGGAGCUGGAUUACCUCAACUGUCAAGAUAUUUACGGCAUUUUGAGGCAACAUAACAUCUACUUUAGUCCAGAGCACGAGGAAUUAGCAUACCAGUUGGAAAAAGAAUGGAAAUCGCUUCAUUUUUCGGCCCUUUAUCGCGAACAAAAGUUAGAAUUGACAAAAGACAGAUUUGCUCAAAUGACUCUAGCAGAAAUUGGCGAAUUCUGCGACAUCUUAGCCCAAUUUGUCAAAAAAUUUGAAGAGGAAGGCCCUGGUGCCGUCGGCGAAGAUUUAGACAAAGGCCUCAUCCUCAUGGAAGAAUAUGCCAAAUUAUUCAUCGAAACAGAAGAGCGUCGAAUCGAACUUAUCAACGCUGAAAUGCUUUUCGACAUACCCUUAGCUGACUACUCCGACUACUUACGAGUAAAAAGCGAUUAUGAAUCAAUGGGUGUUAUUUACAAGUUCUAUAAAACUCAAAAACACGCCAGGGAAGUGUGGGGAAGAACCUUAUGGGCAAAUCUAGACCCACAAGCUUUAAGUGAUGGUAUCGACAGUUUUAUAAAAGAUUACCGGAAAAUCCCAAGAGCGAUUAGGGCACUCCCCGUUGGGCAAACACUGGAUUUGAAAAUGAAGCAAUUCAAAAAUGUGAUUCCCUUAAUGGUGGCUUUGAAAAAUGAAGCUUUGAGGGAGAGACAUUGGCAAGAAUUGAUGCAAAAAACUGGUAUUGAGUUCGAUAUGUCUCCCGAUAGGUUCACUUUAGAUAACAUGUUUGCAAUGGAGCUUCACCGGUAUCAAGAUAUUGCUGAAGAAAUUAUCAACCAUGCAAUCAAAGAGUUGAGUAUAGAGAAAGGAGUAAAGCAAAUUGCUGAAACUUGGACGAACAUGAAUUUUAUUCUUCAUAAACAUACGAAAGGACACGAAGAUCGAGGUUAUGUCGUUGGUUCGACUGAGGAAAUCAUGCAAGUGCUUGAAGAUAACUCAAUGAAUCUUCAAAGUAUGGCAGGGUCGCAGUUUGUGGGUCCGUUUUUAACGCAAGUUCAAAAGUUGGAGAAGAGUUUAGCAAAUAUCGGUGAAGUGAUUGAUGAAUGGUUGUCAGUGCAGCGAAAAUGGUUGUACUUAGAAGGAAUUUUUGUCGGGGGAGAUAUACGCGCUCAGCUCCCAGAAGAAGCAAAGAAAUUUGAUGAUAUUGAUAAAGCUUUCCGAAGAAUAAUGUUAGACACGGCCAAGAGACCAAACGUUAUGGAGUGUUGCAAUGCCCCUGGACGUCUAGAUGAAUUCCUAGGCCUGGGUCUAGGUUUAGACAAAUGUCAGAAAUCUUUGAACGACUAUCUGGAUUCAAAACGUAGACGCUUUCCACGAUUUUAUUUCAUUUCAACUGAAGAACUGUUGUCAAUUCUUGGAAGCAGUAACCCCGAAGUGGUCCAAGAACACAUGAUUAAAAUGUUUGAUAAUAUCAAAUCGCUGCGGAUGCAUUUAGACAACAAUGACAGAAUGAUUGCAAGUGCUAUGAUAUCUUCAGAAGGAGAAGUGAUGGAAUUUCGUCGCGCCGUACAGGUUGUUGGAAAAGUCGAAGACUGGAUGAACGACGUUUUGAAGGAAAUGAGACGUUCUAACAGAUUUAUAACAAAGAGUGCAAUCUACAACUACGGUAAAGUCAGAAGACCACGAUCAGAAUGGAUGUUGGAUUUCCAAGGAAUGAUUUGUCUUGCUGGUAGUCAAGUGUGGUGGACGGCAGAAGUCGAAAAUGUUUUCGUCAAAAUCAAGAAAGGCAACAAAAGGGCCAUGAAGGAAUAUCUUGAACAACUAAAUAAACAACUUGACGAAAUUGUGAUCACAGUGAGAGCUGAAUUAAGCGCAAACGACAGAACUAAAUUUAGGACCAUAGCAAUUAUCGAAGUUCACGCACGUGACAUUAUUGAAAGUUUUGUCACCAACAGUGUUACCGACAUAAGGGAAUUCGAAUGGGAAAGUCAACUAAGAUUUUAUUGGGUUAACCAUUUAGACAAUUUGUGGGUGGUUCAAUGUACUGGCUCCUUCGAAUAUGGUUACGAAUACAUGGGACUCAACGGCCGUCUUGUUAUUACCCCUCUAACUGAUAGAAUCUACUUAACAAUCACUCAAGCCCUUAUUAUGCACAUGGGAGGUGCACCAGCUGGGCCUGCGGGAACAGGAAAAACAGAAACGACUAAAGAUUUAGCCAAAGCAAUGGCUUUGCUCUGUAUUGUCACAAACUGUGGCGAAGGAAUGGAUUUUAAGGCGAUCGGAACGACACUUGCUGGCUUGGCUCAAUGUGGAGCUUGGGGUUGUUUCGACGAAUUCAACCGAAUUGACAUUUCCGUUUUGUCAGUAAUCUCCACGCAAUUGCAAACAAUCCGAAGUGCUCUCAUGUUGAAACUCGAGAAAUUCACGUUCGAGGGUGCUGAAAUUAGUCUAGACUCCAAAGUUGGUAUUUUUAUCACCAUGAAUCCGGGGUAUGCCGGAAGAACGGAACUUCCGGAAUCAGUCAAGGCCUUGUUUCGGCCAGUAGUGUGUAUUGUACCUGAUCUGGAGAUGAUUUGUCUCAUUUCGCUUUUCUCUGAUGGUUUUCUGCAAGCUAAAGUCUUGGCCAAAAAAAUGACAGUGCUUUAUAAACUUGCACGGGAACAACUGUCAAAACAAUUUCACUACGAUUGGGGUCUGAGAGCUCUGAAUGCGGUCCUGCGAAUGGCCGGUGUUUUAAAACGAGCGUCCCCGGAUUUAAAUGAAGCCUUAGUCCUGAUGAGAGCUUUACGCGAUAUGAAUCAUCCGAAAUUCGUUUACGAAGAUGUUCCCUUGUUUUUGGGUCUGAUCCGCGAUCUCUUCCCCGGAAUGGAUUGUCCCCGAGUAGGUUAUCCCGAUUUCAAUUCCGCCGUAGAAAAAGUCCUAGAUAAGCACCGAUACAUCGUUUUGCCAUACCAAGUCGAUAAAGUCGUCCAACUUUACGAAACCAUGAUGACUCGACAUUCCACCAUGUUAGUAGGACCCACAGGUGGAGGAAAAACAGUUGUGAUUCAAGCUCUAGCACGUGCGCAGACUUUGCUCGGCCUCAAAACUAAAAUUUUCACUCUAAAUCCAAAAGCGUGUUCAGUUAUUGAACUUUAUGGAAUUCUAGACCCCAUUUCGAGAGACUGGACGGAUGGACUUUUAUCAAACAUCUUCAGAGAAAUGAAUAAACCAACUGAAAAGCCUGAAAGACGCUAUAUUUUGUUUGACGGCGAUGUUGACGCUUUAUGGAUUGAAAAUAUGAAUUCGGUGAUGGAUGACAAUAAACUACUUACUCUCGCCAAUGGUGAACGAAUCAGGUUGCAAACUCCCGUCUGUGCGUUGUUAUUUGAAGUUGGUGAUUUGCAAUAUGCCUCGCCGGCGACGGUUUCACGAGCUGGAAUGGUCUACGUUGAUCCGAAAAAUUUGGGUUUUCAACCGUUUUGGGACAGAUGGGUCAAAAGCAGAAAUCAUCCACCGGAAAGAGAAGUUUUUCAGAAUUUGUACGAACAGUACAUUCCGGAUUUGAUGGCGUAUGUGUUGGAAGGAACAGUAGCAAACAAACAGGUCGCUCCCUUAAAAACAGUGAUACCUCAAAGUGGGUUGAAUAUGAUAACACAGUUGUGUUUUAUGAUAGAUGCUGUUUAUCCGCAACCGGUUGAAGAUACACGUGAUCCGGAAGAAGAAGUUGAUAGUGAUUUACUUGAAUCAAUCUUUCUCUAUUGUGUAUAUAAUUCGGUUGGAGCUGCCUUAGUUGCCGACUGUCGAUUAGAGUUUGAUGAGUUUAUCAAGUCGCAAUGUUCGAUGAUAAAACAAGAAGAUACUGUUGAAAAUAAAGCUGAUCGAAGACAUAUGCCUAGUGCUUUCCCCACUUUGUACGACUAUUACUUCAACGUAAAAGAAGAAGUCUGGAUUGCUUGGGAUUGGAUAGUACCAGAAUAUGUACAUGAUGCUUCAAAACGAUUCUCGGAAAUUCUUGUUCCGACAAUCGAUACCGUACGCGUUACUUAUCUUUUGACCUUGAUGAACAAAGUGGGAAGACCGAUUAUCUUGGUUGGGGAAACUGGUACUUCAAAAACAGCAAUCAUUCAAAACUUUUUAAGAAGCUUAAAUCCAGAUGUCAAUAUCCUACUAAACAUUAACUUUUCAUCAAGAACCUCAUCAAUGGAUGUCCAGAAAAACCUAGAAUCGGCAGUAGAAAAACGAACGAAAGACAUCUAUGGCCCUCCACUUGGCAAAAAGUUGAUUUGUUUCAUAGAUGACAUGAAUAUGCCACAAGUGGACGAGUACGGGACCCAACAACCUAUAGCACUUUUAAAAUUACUUUUCGAAAGGAAAGGCUUUUACGACCGGGGAAAAGACCUUAACUGGAAAAUAUUAAAAGACGUGUCCUACUUUGCAGCAAUGGGAGUUGCUGGAGGAGGUCGAAACGAGGUUGAUCCUCGUUUCAUGUCAAAGUUUUCCGUCUUUAACUUGAUUUUCCCAACGUCUGAAACACUUCAUCACAUUUACAGUUCAAUUCUAAAAGGGCAUUUAUCACAAUUCCCGGAAGAAGUUCAACAAGCGGAAAAUUUGAUUACAAUGACGCUCAACUUGUAUAAUAUUACCAUUGUUCAAUUACCACCAACACCCAGCAAAUUUCACUAUAUUUUCAACAUGAGAGAUCUCUCUCGAAUUGUUGCAGGAAUGUGUAAAACCACACCGAAAUUUUUCUUUGCGCUACAUCAGAUUGUAAGAGUUUGGCGGAAUGAAUUUACAAGAGUAAUUUGCGACCGUCUUAUCAGUACUGAGGAUCAGGAGUUCAUGACAAAUCAGAUUAAAACACAAAUUGAAAAAUUUUACCCGACGCCAGUCAAAGAGGAACCACCAGCGAUACCGGAAAAUGUUGAAGAAAUGUCCAAUUUCGAAUUUGAAGAACCUAAAGAAGAACCAGAGGAAGAGAAAAAAGAAGAAGAAGAAGAAAGAAUUGACGUGAUUGAGUAUUCAAUGCGUGAUCCUUUGCUCUUCGGUGAUUAUCGAAAUGCAGUAAACGAGGAUGAAGCUCGAUAUUACGAAGAUCUUCUAGACUAUGAAGCGGUGUACUUCCUGUUCCAAGAAAUAAUGGAAAUUUACAAUGAACGUCAAGACAAGUUAAAUAUUGUUCUUUUUGAUGAUGCUUUGGAACAUUUGACACGAAUACACAGAGGGAUAAGAUUAGAAAGAGGUCAUGUUAUGUUGGUGGGAGUUGGAGGAUCUGGAAAAACGAGUCUGACAAGGAUUGCCGCCUUCACAGCCGGUUGUGAAAUCUUUAAAAUCGUACUCUGUAAAGGUUACAAUGAAACGUUGUUCAAAGAAGACUUGAAAAAACUAUUUAACCAAUUGGGGGUAGAAGGAAAACCGACAGUGUUUUUCUUCACUGCCGCUCAAAUAGUCGAAGAAGGUUUCCUGGAAUUUAUUAACAACAUUUUAAUGAUUGGAAUAGUCCCUGCGUUAUUCACAGAUGAUGAAAAGGAGCAAAUUAUUAUGCAGCUGAGAAAUGCAGCAAAAAAUGCAGGAUAUGGAAUUGCAAAAGACGCAGUUUGGCAGUACUUUCUUCACCGGUGUGCUGACAAUUUACAUAUGGUGCUUUCAAUGUCACCUUCAGGUGAUAUUUUGAGCAAAAGGUGUAGAAGUUUUCCCGGUUUGGUUAAUAAUACAACAAUCGACUGGAUAUUCCACUGGCCACUGCAAGCCCUAUUUGCCGUAGCUUCAGUUUUUCUUAAGGAAAAUCCCAAAAUUCCGGAAAUUUACCGAGACCAUAUCAUAGAACACGUAGUACAUGUUCAUACAAGUAUAGAAGAAUAUGUUAAAAAUUAUCUGAUAAAACUGCGACGAAAAAAUUACGUUACCCCAAAACAUUACUUGGAUUUAAUGCAGACUUAUUUAAAGCUCCUUGAUGAGAAAAAUCAGUAUAUAGACAGUCAGUGCAGUCGACUCCAAAGCGGAAUGACUAAAAUUGAAGAAGCAAGUGCAGAACUAGCAGUUUUGAAUAAAAGACUGGCAAAACAAAAAAUACGAGUAGAGGAAGCGACUCGAGCUUGUGAAGCAAUGUUGGCUGAAAUCGACGAAGGGACGAGAAAAGCAACAGAAAAGAAAGAUUUAGCCUCCUUGAAAAGUAGUGAAAUUGAAGAACAGGCUCGCAUUAUAAGUCUGGAACAAGCCGACGCUGAAGAGGCUCUUGCUGCAGCCAUGCCUGCUUUAGAAACAGCUAGACUGGCAUUAUCAGACUUAGACAAAUCAGAUAUUACAGAAAUUCGAUCCUUUGCCACUCCACCAGAAGCUGUCCAGAUCGUCUGCGAAUGUGUCGCUAUAGUUCGAGGAUACAAAGAAAUUUCAUGGAAAACAGCAAAAGGAAUGAUGGCUGAAGCCAAUUUCCUCAGAACUCUUCAAGAAAUGAACUGUGAUUUAAUCACGCAAGCACAAAUUCGAGCUGUGAAAGCACACAUGAAAAAGUCGAGUAAAUUAGAUGAUAUGGCUUCGAUCAGUAAAGCUGGUUUUGGGCUUUUGAAGUUUGUUCAAGCAGUUUUGGGCUAUUGUGCCGUCUACCGAGAGGUGAAACCCAAAAAAGAACGAGUGGAGCAGUUGCAAAGAGAGUACGAUGCUGCAAAAAAAAGUCUCGAGAAACUCUACAACGAAAUUGCAAAACUUGAAGCAGCGUUAGAUGAACUGAAUCAGAAAUAUGAAGCUGCCAUGAAGCGAAGACAAGAGUUGCAAGAAGAGACGGAUAUAAUGAUGCGACGUCUGAUUGCGGCUGACAAGUUGAUAACUGGCUUGAGUUCUGAGCGAGAACGGUGGACUAAAGAUUUGGAGAUGUUGCACUUGGAAAAAGAAAGAUUGGUAGGCAACUGUUUACUAUCUUCGGCCUUUUUAAGUUAUGCGGGACCGUUUACUUAUGAGUUCAGAAAGGAAAUGAUUUAUGACGAUUGGCAAGGAGAUAUAAUAAACAGAGGAAUUCCGCUUACCCAACCCUAUCGAAUUGAAGCAAAUCUGUCAAACGAUGUGGAAGUGAGUCUCUGGAACUCGGAAGGGCUUCCACCUGACGAAUUAUCAGUCCAAAAUGGUAUUCUGACUCUGAAAGGAACCAGAUUCCCCUUGUGUAUCGAUCCUCAACAGCAAGCUUUGAACUGGAUUAAACGAAAAGAAGAAAAAAAUAAUUUGAAAAUAUUGAAUUUUAAUGACCACGACUUUCUUAAAUUUUUGGAUAUGGCAAUAAAAUAUGGUUCUCCAAUUUUGUUCCAAGAUGUGGACGAUUAUAUCGAUCCAGUUGCCGAAAAUGUAAUACAAAAAAAUAUUAGAAGUGUUUCUGGGCGAGUCUUCGUGGUUUUAGGGGACAAGGAGGUUGAUUAUGACCCACAUUUCCGGAUGUACAUGACGACGAAAUUUGCAAAUCCUAUUUUUAAUCCUGCAGUCUAUGCGAGCGCAGUCGUUAUCAAUUAUACUGUGACAUUAUCUGGUUUAGAAGAUCAACUUCUGAGUGUUGUUGUCAGAAAUGAACGACCAGAUUUAGAAGAGCAGAGAGAAAGCUUAAUUGAAGAAACGAGUGAAAACAAAAAUUUGCUUCAGAAUCUUGAAGAUUCCCUCCUGAGAGAACUUUCCACAACAACUGGAAAUAUGUUAGAUAACGUAGAGUUAGUUGACACUUUAGAAAACACCAAAACUAAAGCUAAGGAAGUGUCUGAUAAACUGUUAUUAGCCGCGGAAACUGCUCGUGAUAUCAAUAAGUUGAGAGAUGGAUACCGGCCUGUGUCCCGGCGUGGAGCAAUUCUUUUCUUUGUUUUAUCAGACAUGGCUGGGGUUAACGCAAUGUACCAAUACUCUCUAGCUUCAUAUCUGGAAGUUUUCGCAUAUUCGCUAAGGAAGGCUUUGCCUCAUACAAUCCUCGCGAAGAGGUUGAUGAAUAUUAUCAAUACGUUAACAAAAAAUGUCUACGACUACGGGUGCACUGGAAUUUUUGAAGUCCACAAACUAUUAUUCUCUUUCCAAAUGACCACCAAAUUGCAACAAAAUGAACAAAAUGUGACACAAAUGGAACUCGAUUUCUUCAUCAAAGGUUCGGUUAGUUUAGAGAAGACAACAAGAGAAAACCCAACGAAGUUUAUCACUCACCAAGGCUGGGCCGAUUUGAUUAAAUUGACAUCGGAUUUCCCGGAAGAUUUCGGUCAAUUGGCCGACGACGUGCAAAAACAUGUACAAGAGUGGCAAGAUUGGUACGAUUUGGAUGCUCCAGAAUCCACCGAUUUCCCCUGCGGAUACAAACAAAAAUUGAAACCGUUCCAAAUUUUGAUGCUUUUAAGGUGCUUCCGAGUCGAUCGUGUGUACAGAGCUGUUGCCGAUUACAUCACGGAAGUAACAGGAGAAGAAUACAUAAUGCCUCCAGUGAUCAGUUUUGAUGGUAUUUACGAACAGAGCAGUCCAAUGACACCAGUCAUAUUUGUAUUGAGCCCCGGAUCUGACCCCACAGCUGAAUUGAUGAAAUUAGCCGACAGAAGUGGUUUCGGAGGAGGAAAGUUUAGAUACUUGUCGUUGGGUCAAGGACAGGAAGCUGCGGCUUUAGCACUACUGGAUACAGCAAUCGCGAGAGGUCAAUGGUUAAUGUUCCAAAACUGCCACCUCUUGCUUUCGUUUAUUAGACAGUUGGAAAAACAACUAGAAAAAGUUUCAAAGCCACAUCCUGAUUUUAGACUAUGGUUAACAACAGAUCCUGUCAAUAAUUUUCCCAUUGGUAUUCUCCAAAGUUCACUCAAAGUAGUGACAGAGCCCCCAAAUGGUCUCAAAUUGAAUUUGCGAAAUACGUACUUUAAAAUUAGACAACAGACUUUGGAAGCAUGUACACAUACGGUUUACAAGUCUUUGGUUUAUGUCUUGGCUUUCUUUCAUGCCGUGGUUCAAGAACGUCGAAAGUAUGACAAAAUCGGGUGGAAUAUUUGCUACGAUUUUAAUGAAUCUGAUUUUAACGUCUGUGUCCAAAUUUUGGAUACGUAUCUGACUAAAGCAUUGGAAGCUAAAGAUUCUAGAAUUCCGUGGAAUAGUCUCAAAUAUUUGAUUGGAGAAGUGAUGUAUGGAGGAAGAGUCAUUGAUGAUUUCGAUAGAAGAAUAGUUGCAACAUACAUGGAUGAAUAUAUGGGAGAUUUUCUCUUCGAUACAUUUCAACCUUUCCACUUUUACCAUGACAUCAAUGUUGAUUAUGUUAUACCCCCAGAUGGUGACAAAGAUGAUUAUAUCGAGGUGAUCGAUGAAUUGCCAUUAGCAAAUAGUCCCGAAGUUUUUGGUUUACAUCCAAACGCAGAAAUUGGUUAUUACACUCAAGCUACUAAAGAAAUGUGGAGGUUACUGAUUGAAUUGCAGCCACAAACAUCUACCAGUGGUGAGGGAAUAAGCCGCGAAGAAUUUAUCGAAAAUGUAACACACGAUAUUUUGCAAAAAAUCCCGGAAGAGUAUGAAGUAUGGAAAGUUCGGAGAUUCUUCCAAAGAGUAAUGUCACCGACUGUCGUCGUACUUUUACAAGAACUCGAGCGAUUCAAUCAUCUAAUUACCGCAAUGAGACGAACUUUGACCCAAUUGUUAAAAGCCUUAGCCGGUGAUAUAGGGAUGGAUGCUGUUUUGGACAACGUGGCCUAUUCAUUAUUUAAUGGACAGUUACCAAGCGCUUGGAGGAAAUUAAGUCCGGCGACUUGUAAAAGUUUAGGUGGCUGGAUGGAACAUUUUGAAAAACGGCAAGACCAGUUUUUUAAUUGGUCGAACACCGGCGAACCUGCUGUUUUAUGGAUCUCAGGUCUACAUAUUCCUGAAACUUACCUUGCCGCUUUGGUACAAAUAGCUUGUCGUCUUAACAAUUGGCCUUUAGAUAGAUCAACAUUAUACACCAGUGUUUCCGAGUAUGUCGACCCUAAUGAUGUAACUCUGCGACCACCUGCGGGAAAUUGUAUGGUUCACGGCUUGUAUCUGGAAGGUGCAGGCUGGGAUGUCGAAAAUAAGUGUUUGAGACGAUCUUCGCCAAAAAUCCUGAUUGAGCCACUCCCCGUUAUGAAUGUCAUACCAAUUGAAGCUUUCCGGUUGAAGUUACAAAAUACUUUAAGAACGCCAGUUUAUACAACCUCCCAACGAAGAAAUGCAAUGGGCGUGGGGCUUGUUUUUGAAGCCGAUCUCGGUACGACUGAACACAUUAGCCAUUGGAUUUUACAAGGUGUAUGCUUAGUUUUAAAUACUGAUUAAAUAUUUUAUCUAUUUUACUAUUUUUUGAAAGUUAAUUCGAAAAUAAAACGAUCAAAUGAG